AUGUCGGAACUCAACGAUUUUCUGGUUCUAUUGCAAGACAAGCCGGGCAUGCUGCAGACACGCUUGGGCAAUGUACAGGGGCAUAUAGCCCACCUGAAGAGCCUUAUCGAAUCCGGUACCGUCGUUAUGUCUGGUCCGACUCUUUCCUCACACCCAAAGACUGCUAGCGAGGAGCCCGACGUCAACGGUAGCUCUGUGCUUGUUCGUGCGAACUCGGAGGAGGAGGUCCGCGCCUUAAUCAACGACGACGUCUACGCCAAAAUCGGUGUCUGGGACCUCGAAAAAAUCACAAUCAUUCCAAUUAAGUGCGUGGUGCGAAAGCCUCUAUGA